UGUAAAAAAUAAAAAGAGUGGAGGUUUUUAUUUGUGUAACUUGGUGUAUGUGUGUGCUUGUGACUGUUCAGUGCUUUACAGUGAAUGUGCAAGGCAUUGUGGGUUAUUGUUUAUCGGUUUUUGUAUUUGAUGAAACAAUAAUUAAGCUUUUUCAGAAUGUUUUAGCAUCUGAAUCGAAGGCGAUUUAAUUAGUAAAGAAAUUUAGAGCCCAUUGGGCAAAUUAUUUGGUCAAAAUGUCACCAGUUCCAUUGGAAGGUCAUCAAACUCCUGUGGCAAAUAAUAUACCACAGGAGGGAAAUCGAGGAGGUUCCAUUUCUUUAGGAAUGCUGAUUGAUUUUAUCAUUCAACGAACUUAUCACGAGCUCACCGUUCUCGCCGAAUUACUUCCUAGAAAAACUGACAUGGAGAGAAAAAUAGAAAUUUACAAUUUUGCUGCGAGAACGAGACAAUUGUUUGUUCGACUUUUGGCAUUGGUAAAAUGGGCCAAUAGUGCAUCGAAGGUCGACAAAUCAGCCCGGAUUAUGGCGUUUUUAGAUAAGCAAUCUCUUCUUUUCGUCGACACGGCGGAUAUGCUGGCAAGAAUGGCACGUGAAACACUGGUUCACGCGAGACUUCCUAAUUUUCAUAUUCCUGCCGCCGUCGAAGUUCUCACCACUGGAACUUACAGUCGAUUACCUACUUGUAUAAAAGAACGAAUAGUGCCUCCGGAUCCGAUAACUAUUUCGGAAAAGAAGAGUACUCUUCAAAGAUUGAAUCAAGUUAUUCAACAUCGACUGGUGACUGGAAAUUUACUGCCACAAAUGAGAAAUCUCAAGAUCGAUGCUGGAAGAGUAACUUUCCUCGUUGAGCAAGAAUUUUCCGUUUCGCUGACAGUUAUGGGAGAUGGACAAGGCGUUCCUUGGCGUUUAUUGGAACUUGAAAUUCUCGUCUCUGACCGUGAAACUGGAGAUGGAAAAGCUCUCGUUCAUUUACUGCAAACACGUUAUGUUCACCAAGUCGUUCAAGCGAGACUUGCCGAAAGUUCAGAUCCACUGUCGGAAGUUUAUCACAUUUUGCAUUUCUUCUGUCAAUCGCUUCAACUGGAAGUUCUUUAUUCUCAAACUUUGCGACUGAUUCGUGACAGACUGGACGAUCACAUUCACGUGGACGAAUACACGCCUGGAAAAUGUCUCUCUGUUUCCUACUGGAGGGAAUUGACAAGUAAAGAUCCAAGGUCAGAACUCGGGUACAGAAUGUCGAUUCAGGUUGAUCAACACGAACCAGCAAGGCCGUUGGCUGUCGUUCAUGUUCCUUCCUUGGGCAGCAAGGAAUCGGAAAUAGCUGACAGAGCAAUUAGAUCGGAUCAAUUAUCAAUGGAGUGUCUUCUCGUUCAUACGAUUUAUGUGAGAACUCGAAGUCGACUUUUCGAUUUGAAGCAGGAACUUCAAGCUAUGUUGAAAGACGUUGAAUGUACACUCGCAGGAUCUCCGGCCAUCUUAUCGAUUCCGAUUUUGCAACCCUGUCUUCGUGCCGAACUGCUUUUAGUCACUGUCGACACACAUACUGGAAUGCUUCAAUGUCACGUUCCCCAAUAUGACGCGCCUCUUGUUCCAGAACUUACGACUGCCCUAAACACAGAUCGCUCUCGUCUUCCGAAUUUAAUCUCCGAAUUGAGAUAUUGGAUCACUCAGAGAAGAUGUGAAAAAACGUUGCAGCAUUUGCCUGCAACACCUCACGAACGUCUACCACUUUUAUACCACGCGGAUCAUCCGAUGUCGAAAAUCAAUAAACAUCGAAUGUUUAUUCAAUUGCACAGACAUCCUGCAAUCAUUCUCAUCGUCACUUUCAAGGAGAAGGAAGUAGCACCCUGCGAAAUUGAAUGUUCGUUCUACAUGGCAGUCGUGAAGCACAGUUCAAUCGACGGCGAUCCACAUGACGACAAUAUCGAAGCGGAAAUUCCGAAAAUGUACCUCAAAGUGCAAAGUCUAAUUGAAUUUGACACAUUUGUCACGACUCACGGACCAUUUACGAGUGUCGACAGUGGGAAUAAUGAUCAAGAUGGGGGGUGCAUUACAGAAGUGGUGGAGAAGGGCAGCAAUAAACGGCGAAGUGGAACAAGUGGUGGACGCACUGACGUCACUGGUACACCGCAAAAUCGACGACCAAAAUUACCGGCGUAUUUCAUUCCUGAAUUAGCGCACGUUGUGGCGUUUUGUGAUGAGCGAAUUCCGUUUGUCACUUUGGCACAGGAGCUCACAAAGAGAGAAAUAGCACAUCAAGGUCUUCAAGUGGAGGCUCACGCGACAGCUUUAGUAUUAAAACUGGUUCAAUUGCCGGCACCCUCUCCGAAUAUUGCGACCAGUUCCGCGUGGCACGCACUUCUCAAACGAUUAUUGAGUGUCGCGAUAAGAGUUCAAGCGAAAGGAAUGGCCAAGUCCUGGAUGGCUGAAUUCGUUUUCUAUGGAAGUCCUCUGUCCAGUACUCAUCCCAAGGAACAAGGACUACGAAGACCGGUUUACUUUCAGUACGAUAUGUUGACUGCGGAGAACAUAAAUCGAACAGUUGAUUCACUAUUCAGUGAUUGGGCCCAAAUUGUUCAUUUGUACACAAUCGUUCACGAUCUUGCUGAAUAUUUUAAAAUGGAGAAAUACAAUCUACGAAGCAUGGUUACAAUUAAAUCGUACAAUUACAGUAAAUUAGUGAUAGCUUAUGGAUCAAGUCGAGGAGCAACUGUCACAGUGCAAUGGAGCACAAAAGACAAAGCGUUUAAAUUAACUUUCGGUAAAAGUCCCUGCAAUACGACGAUGAAUGCUCAUUCGAUUAUGAAAGAACAACUGGAGGCGCACUUAAAUCAACAGCGAAACUUGGCACAAAUUAUUCACAUUCUCAAUGAAACUCUUCAACCUCUCACGUCUAUUAGUAAAUUACCGUCAAUUCUGCAAUUGUGCAUUCACAAUUCCAGACCGCAAAUUCCCGUGCAAACGUUCACGAUAAUGCCGCAGCGUGUCGGCUUAGUGAGAAUCGCAUAUUUGGGAAUGUAUUGCUUGGAGUUGAGACUGCGAGGUGGAGGACUGGUGAGUCUUCGCGACGGUGCCUACAGUCGUUUCGAUCGAAGCAACGUUGUCGAUGAAUUCACACCCACUCAGGGCUUAAAGACCUUCCUGUCAAAAUACGUCGACGAAAGCGCUGUUUAUCGAAGAAGAUCGCAAUCGGAGGACGACAAUCCACCAUCUCCAGUGGCAAUGGACAGUGAAGGAGGUGGAAAUGUCGGUUUCUUGGGACAUCAUCGAGGCGGACCGCAAUCUCCAGCUCAGCAAAGAGACAACUUGAGAUUCCAUCCGCCACUGACACCGCCAUCGGGUAGCAAUCCUCACACUCCCGCCAGUCCCCAUACGGCGAACAUCUCUCAGGCGAGUCAGCAUCAGAGCUUCGGCAGCAGUCCGGCGACGUCUUUCAAUUUAGCCUCGCCACCUUCCUUGCCACCCAACACUCCGAACAUGCUGCCUCAUCCAUCGCCAGGAUCGGGACUGGUCGCGAACAGUCCUCUGAAUCAAAUGCACGUCCCUAGUCCCGCGGGCCUCAUGCCAACCUCGUCUCCGGGUCCCUGCGGCAACGUUCAAGUCGGACAUUCACCCGCGAGCUCGUUCAUGCAAACUGGUCACAUUGACGGGAGUCCCUUCCCGGCGUCGCAGAGUAUGGCCUCACCGGCGGCGUCGAAUUGGCCGGGUUCGCCGAGCGUGCCUCGACCCUCGCCAGCGCGACCCGGUCAGAGUCCGGGACACGUCGCUCUACACAGUCCCCAAGCUUCUGAGCAUAAAGCCGUCAAUCAUUUGUCACGAGUUCUUCCCCAGAGAUCGUGGGCUGGUGCCGUGCCCACACUCUUGACUCACGAGGCCCUCGAGUUACUCUGUGCACCGUCCGGUCAUCCUUCGGGUCUGCCCGGGCCGGACAUGUCGCCUCUUGAGAGAUUCCUCGGAUGCGUCUACAUGAAACGACAACUACAACGCUUCAUUCAAACAGACGAAUCCCUGACAAUUAUCAAUAGUACGGAACCGGGAGUCGUUCACUUUAAAGUAGAUACUUUGCAAUGUAGAGUUGGGUUAAAUCCACAACAUUUACAAUCACUUCACAUUAAAGUUCAACCCGUUGUCGAACACAAGGAUCAGUGGACUCUUGAAGAAUUACAGAUUCUUGAAAAAUUCUUCGACACUCGAGCGGCAGCUCCACCGUACAAGCCAAAUGCGCUAAAUGGAUUUGGAAAAAUGCUAAACUUACCGUUCAAUAUUCUAAAGGAUUUCAUUCAAAUAAUGAAACUCGAAUUGGUACCGUCGCUGGUGCAGCAACAGCAAUUAAAAUGGUCCGUUCAGUGGUGUUUGCGGGUUCCACCCUCUGCACUGCCUCUCAUUCCAAUUGGCACUGCUUCCGUCUUAAUUUGCAAAAAUCGUGUUCUUUUCUUCUUGCAAAUAACGAGAAUUGGAGUUCCUUAUCAAGGCGAACCGCCUUCGUUGGUAUUGCCAUUGGUUUACGAUUUGACCACAAAUAUAUUGAGUCUCGCUGAGAAGAGAGACGCCGGUGGUCCAUGGAUAAGCGCAGCGUCCAUGCACUUAAAAAGAUUCGCCGAAUACACCACGAUUCAUUCGGAAUGCUCAAUUUUCCCAGCUGUCAGAGAUCUUCUCGCUAGUUUGACUCUGCCCUCGGAACCGCCAGUGCUUACUCAGCAAGUGGUUGGCUCGAUGGGAGGCGGACAAGUAACUUCGACCCAACAGAUUCAAAGUCCCGCUAUGCAGUUGCACUCGCCAAUGUCCGGAGGUCAAGGACCACCGCAAGGACCUUAUGGUAUUCAAGGAAUGCCACCGAUAGGCAUGAUGGGCGGACCGCCCCAAUAGGACUUGCUUUACUCUCCUAAUCCCGUCUGUGUACAAAACACUAAUCCCUCGUGGAUCAAUUAAGUGUUUCGAAAAAUACACAAAACGCGCUCUGGGAAUACUUGGGAGAGUAUAUCACUCACAUAGGUAUAUUUUUACACAAACUUCAUAAAUACACUCGCGGUCCAAAAUACUUUAGAAAAAAUGAAAAGUAUUCAAUUCUCGACUGAAUCUAGAAAGAGUGAGAGAGAGAAAAUGUUUUCUCUCAUUUAUUUAUUAUUAAUCGAACAAUCUUUGUGUUUCUUCAUAAAAAGACAUUUUAUUCAUUUUAUUCAUUUUAUUCAUAGAUAGAAUAGAAUAAUACAUCUUGAAUUGGAUUUUUUUGAAAGCAGAAAAAUCAAUUAAUCUUUACACACAAAAUGAAUUGAAAUUUAUUUUCGAAAUAUAAUUAUAAUAUAUACGUAUAUAGUAUAUUGUGUAAAAUAUUAAUCUAGAUAUGCAAGUGAAGAGACUAUUUAAUUUUAAAACUGUGAUACUAUUUGAAAAGAGAAUUGUGUAAAGGAGAAUUUAUUGUACGUGUCACGCUGAUUUUUGUUUUUAGAAUUAUAUUUUAUUUUUCGAGUAGAAAAAUACGGCACAGUAUUUUUGAGUGUAAUGAGAAAAUUUUACGAAGAAACGCGGAAAAAUAGGAAUUAAUGAAUGGGCGAAUUUCUACUUCUAUGCAAUGUAGAUUUAAUGAACUUCAAAUACAGUAAGUUGUACACUGGAAAUUAUUGUAAAUAUAAUAUUUAAGUAUAA